GUGACAGUAUUCUGACAUUUACAAGUAUUUUCUGUACCAAACAUUUUUUAGUUCUAUACAAAAUAAUAAUUUAUCUUAAAAAUGAACGUCUUGCUAACACGGCAUGCCGCCAAGUAUAUUUAUUGCGUCCCUGAAGGUCUAAAGGAGUUAAUGAACGACAUUUCAAGAGAAGUUCUAAGAAGUCAACCUGAGAAUAUCUACUUGUUUAUUGCUGAUUAUUUAGAAGCCCUUCUUAUAACAAGAGAAAAUGCUAGAAUUGCCGCAAGGAUGGUGCAAAGCAUAACCGAAAUAACAGAAGCGACAAUGGAGUUUUUGGAACAGACAGGAAUAGACCGUCCACAAGCGGACAAGAUAGUAGCCAUUAUCCACGAUACAUUUAAAAAACGAAUUCGAGAUGAUGUAGUAAUGAUACAAUACGAACAACAAACGGAAGAGAUCGAAGAAGCCAAUUUAAUUACUGAUAUAUUAGCAGAAGCUGAUCUGCCCACCGAUUUAGCUGAGGAAGCUGCAAGAAUAAUACAAGGUGCUUACAAAAAGUUCAAAUCUCGAAAGCAAAUGGAGCGGCAACUGCUGAGUGGUAUGAUCGAUUGGAGAAUAGCAGCUAGAAGCGCAAUCAAGUUAUAUCGGCAAACAGGUGUUACUAACGAAGAGGCCAAUAGAGCUGCCACCUUGAUUAAAGCUGCUUACAAAGGGUAUUAUACUCGACGCAUUAUGAACAAGCUUGUGGAUGAACAGAAAAUGUUACAUCCGUUAUUGGAAGGGGAGGAAAUUGGGGACACAAAGGAAGCUGAAGAAGACGAAGAUAUUCCUACAUAUUACAGUGAAUCUAAGACAGUUAAAAUUGAUUAUGAUACAGUUAUACCACAUGUUGAUUUUGACGAGGAUAUGGUCGAAGAGGCGGCAACACAACAAAAAACAAAGAGAAAAGAAUCCACUCCUUCAGACAUUAUUUCAUUUGCGCUGGACAAAGUAUUAGAUAACGUUUUGAGGAGAACUGCUGAAUCAAGUGUGGAACAUAUGAUUGAAGAAACACCAUCUGAAGUUACUGAAGAUAUAUCAAAAGAAGAAAAAGAAGAUAUGGAUAUUAGAACCGUCGAGGAUUACCUUAGUACAGAUGCUGGUAGUGCUUAACAUUAUAUUGUAUUGUUAAGUAUUGUUUUGUCUUAAUGAAUAUAAAGAAAUAAAAAUGUAUAAA